CGGAGAGGCGCUGGGAACGCGUUCUCGAAGAGGCCUUCCGGGUCCUUCGUCUGCUGUGUCUACGGAGGUUUUCCUACCGCAGUGGAGCCACUUUCUCUUCGUUUGCUUUGACUAUUUCACAGGACUGUUGUUUGGAGAAAGUAUCAUGGAAGUUCUGCGUCCACAGCUUAUAAGAAUUGGUGGACGGGUUUACAGGAAGAAUCCCAUCCAAGAGCAGACUUAUCAACAUGAAGACGAAGAUGAUGACUGUUAUCAAGGUCUCGUGGAGUGUGCAGAAGAGUCCUGUGAAGCCUAUGAGGUGGUGCAGACCCCGCAAGGUUUCCGGUGUACUGUGAAGGCCCCCAGCCUGCUCUACAAGCAUAUAGUUGGAAAGAGAGGCGACACUAGGAAGAAACUAGAAGUGGAGACCAAAACUUCCAUAAGCAUUCCUAAGCCUGGACAAGAAGGAGAAAUUGUAAUCACUGGCCAGCAUCGAAGUGGUGUAAUUUCAGCCCGAACUCGGAUUGAUGUUCUUUUGCUCACUUUUAGAAGAAAGCAGCCCUUCACUCACUUUCUAGCCUUUUUCCUCAAUGAAGCUGAGGUUCAGGAGCAAUUUCUGAAGUUCCAGGAGGAAGUACUGGAGAAGUGCUCCAUGGAUCACGGGGUUGAUAGCAGCAUUUUCCAGAAUCCUAAAAAGCUUCACCUAACUAUUGGGAUGUUGGUGCUUUUGAGUGAGCAAGAGAUCCAGCAGACAUGUGAGAUGCUACAGCAGUGUAAAGAGGAAUUCAUUGAUGACAUUUCCGGGGGCAAACCCCUGGAAGUAGAGGUGGCAGGGAUAGAAUACAUGAAUGAUGAUCCUGGCAUGGUGGAUGUUCUUUACGCCAAAGUCCGUAUGAAAGAUGGCUCCAACAGGCUGCAGGAAUUGGUUGAUCGAGUACUGGAACGUUUUCAGGCAUCUGGACUAAUAGUGAAAGAGUGGAAUAGUGUGAAACUCCAUGCUACAGUCAUGAAUACUCUAUUCAGGAAAGACCCCAAUGCUGAAGGCAGGUACAACCUCUACACAACGGAUGGCAAAUAUAUCUUCAAGGAAAGAGAAUCAUUUGAUGGCCGAAACAUUUUGAAGCUAUUUGAGAACUUCUGCUUUGGUACCCUAAAGCUCAAUUCAAUUCACAUCUCUCAGAGGUUCACAGUAGACAGCUUUGGAAACUAUGCCUCCUGUGGACAAAUUGACUUCUCCUGAGGUGGAUCUUGGGAAACACUGGAAAUUAAACAUCCUCACAAAGUUGGUUGACUCCACGGAUGUGGAACCCAUGGAUGUGGAGGGCCGACUGAACCACAUUUUGUUCAUCCAGUCUUCCGUCGAUGGACACUUGGGUUCCUUCCACCUCUUGGCUAUUGUGAAUAAUGCCCUAUGAACAUGGGUAUACAAAUAUCUGAGACCCUGCUUUCAAUUCCUUUACUACUUAGAAUUUAAACUUUAGCAAAAUAACUGGUAAAGUUUUUACCUUUUACUUUGAUCUGUCCUUUUUCUUCUGAAGUUGGUAACUUUUAUAUUUCUUAGAUUCCUGUUCCUUCACCCUACCCUAACCCUCGCCUUCCCAUGCCACUGAUGGAGCUGCAGUAUUGUACCUCUUUUCUGUUUACUUCUCAGGGCAGCAGCAAUCAAAACAAUGGUGAUAUCAGCAGGACUAUGCAGAGUUCCCUGGGAGAGUGUCAGCCACAGGAGGCACUCACUCCUUCCUUGCUGCAGACCAGCAAAGGGAGGGAGCUCCCAGCACAGGUUUGCCCCACGCAUCAGUCCUGCCACACUCUCUGCUGGGGAGCUCCAGCCUCACUGUUUCCUCUCAUCUCUACCCCCUCACAGCCUUUCUCCCUCCAUGGCCUCUCUCUUUCCUUCAUUCCUUAGUCUUAAUCUUGAUUCUUACUUUC